UGGGAGGGGAAGGUCUGUUUGCAAAUGAGUUCUGCAAUGUUCCAUCCUGUUUCUUAGUGCCUUUAGCUAACAAGAAGGAGAAGUUGCGUUUUCUAACUUUAUUUUUAAGCAAUGGUUCUAAUCCUGGUGUAAACUUACAACAAGAGGUCAAUUCUUGAACCCAGGAACGUAUUUAACAGCACCAGUAUGGCUGACUACAAGACUGAACCAGCACCUACAAAACUCAAUCAAGUUCAGGAUCAAGUUAAUGAUGUUAAAGUGAUUCUCAAAGACAACAUCAACAAAGUUCUGGAGCGAGGAGAAAGGUUAGAUGACCUGAUCGGCAAAACAGAUGAUCUUCAAGCCACGGCUGACUCAUUUCAAAGGACGUCAUCACGUGUUGCCAGAAAGAUGUGGUGGAAAAACACUAAGAUGAUGAUUAUAAUAGGUGUGGUAGUGCUUGCAAUUAUUGUGUUAAUAAUUCUGCUGGCAACAGGAGUGAUUCCCUCAUAAUCCAUUUAGAUCAUAUUAAUGUAUAUGCCCUUGUAAAGUAUAUUUAGAUGCAUUUUUUACUGUGAAAUGUUUUCUUUUGCUGCUUUCGCAUAAAAUACAUUUCAAUUGACAUUCUAUAUAAAUCUGUUAAGGUAUAGUAGUGUACAUAUUUUUUUUCUAAUGGGAAAAUUUCAAAUUUCUCAAAUCCACAGCACAAUUAAUUACAAAUUAACUCAAGUAAAUGUAUCAGUGUAGUAUUUAACAUGUGACUUGACAUUUUCAAAUCAAGACGAAGCCAUUUCAAUAAUUUUGUUAAAGAAAUAACCAAAGGAAACCGAAUAAAGUCUGCAUCCUCUGAGAGGAGUUUUGA